CGGGAAUAUAUCAUUGGGUGGUAUCAGUGUCAUUGUGAUAUUACCCAAGGCACAUGGAACACAUUCGUCGGAAGCAUGCUGUACAGUUUGCAGGCAAAGCUGAAAACUAAGAGAGGAUACUCAGACCGACCCAGAGCGGACCAAGGUUAUACAGGAAUUGACCCUUUAUGGACCAUUCGGGGCUAUUUCAUUGGACUUAGUAUCGACUAUGCUCCACCCUAUAUUACCAUUUUGUGUUCCGAUAGCACGGUAUCCAGAUGGCUUGUCAAACUUGUUCAAGAAGAACUAGACUCGGGGAGAUAUCCUGGCUGGUGCAUGACUCGACUGCCCUAUGUCAGUGUUAUCGCAUACGGAUCUCCUUCUGGUAGCAUCGACAACACAGGUGAUGAAGGAUCAGCCGGCACCGGUCAGGAGCCGAAGCGAAAGUCUGAGGCUGAUGCGGAAGAAGAAGGUAAUUUGGAGAGGGUUCAAGUUGAGGUUGACGCGAAAUACGCGGUCCCUACGAUGAUCAAUGAACUUCUUUCCUGGGGACAGCAUCAGCAUAGAUGUGGCAUCAGGCUCCAGAUUACCCGGGGUUCAAAUAUAAUAACCAGAGGGACAAUUGGUGGCCUUAUUCAAGUUGGUGGUAAGCCCUACGGGUUGACCGUUGCCCACUCGUUUCCUCUCACAUUCAAUGAGGCCCGCCUCCAAGAUCCAGGAGAUGAUCAGAUUUCUGAUAUCAUCAACGCCUGGCGACAAAGUACAUCCUUCGACAUGGAGUUUGACUUGGCGUUGAUAGAAAUGCCAGGACUACAGGACCAAACACCUUCUUUUGAGCUCUGGGAUGAUGUAAACCUCGUGCGAACUGUCUCGGGCAUCUUUCGACCUGUUUCCAUUGCUUGGGACCAACCCCGGGCACUAGAGCAGGUAGCUUUGGCUACACCUCGAUCUAGGUUCUGUCUAAGAGGUGCCUUUAUCGGUUCUCAGGUGCUUAUGCCUAUGCCGAACUCUACGGCUCUCUGCAUCCCUUGGGUCCUGCGAAUGGAACGGCCUUGGUUGAUACAGCCGGGCGACAGUGGUUCCUGGGCAUUCAAUUCAAAUACGGGCGAGCUUCUCGGAAUAUUGAUUGCGGGAUGCCCAGAAUUGCUAGAAGCAUAUAUCCUUCCAGCCCACCAGGCUUUUGACAACAUCCAGAAGCGACUCGGCGACCGCGUGACCCUGCCGAAUUGUCAGCCCUUGCAGAAGGAGAAUUGGGAUGGCCUAGCACAUGUCGUCAACAGUUAUGAGAAGAUAUCGAGUAAAAUUCAGCCAAGUUCGGCCACAGAAGCCAUCAAAGUCAUCGAAGCCAUCGAAGCCAUCGAAACCAUCGAAGCUGUUGAAAAUGAGUUUGCCAGAUGGACCUCAGGAUGUGCCACCGUUUUGGAAGCUACAGAUUCUUCAGAAACUUCAUCAAUGUCAUUCCAAUUGCGCGUUACAAGAGCUUCCUGGGAAGAUCCUUCUCCUCAACAAUGUAUUGAUGUCGUCAAUGAGAUAAUUUCAAACAAAACGGAUUCUGCAGAAAAGCAAAUACUCUAUCCUUUUUGGAGAUACCUGAUGCUUGGCCAGGAAGAGCUUUUGGCCAAUACCGAGGACUGGGCUCGCAAGGAUGUUAUUGCAAAUGAAUAUAAGCUGAUGACACGGCUUCCUGGCUCAAAGUACUCAAGAUGGAGAGUCCCAUGGGAUAGACGUACAUUGACAUCCGCUAUUGAAACCAUGGAAUCGGACAUUCAAGAAAAUCUACGUCUCAUAAAAGAUAAAUGUGGUUGGUUUAGUCUCCCAGAGACGAUGCAAAUCGGCUUAUUGGAUCAUAGCGAUGCCAUCUUAACCGCUGUUCGUAUCUUCAAUCAUUCCAAAGAUCUAGUUUUGGUCGUUAUGCCACCUCCUACAGUCGGCCCAACGACAGCCACCUUUCAUUCGGAUGGCCUUACUAUAAAGGGAUCAUCCCUGAGGUAUCCAUUCAAAUUGGGAAUCAAGACUACAGGGGCAGCAGAAGCUAUGAAGGAGGAGCUGAUAACCAAACUGGAGCUUGAUGCAACUGAUUUCGAUUAUGUGCGAAAACUGCCUUUGAGGCCAAAGUGGUCCACUCUUUACCUCAAAGAGCAUAGACGUCGUGUCGAGUUCGUUGUAUAUGAAGGAGUUUUGAAGUUUGAUAAAGAACUUCCAGCCACCGAAUUUGCCGAGGGGUGGGUUACGAUGCACGAACCACUAGUUAACUCCCUUCUGCUAGCCAUGGCUACGCCAUUCUACUGGUUGACAUGGAUGGAAGAAACAGACUGUUAA